AAACUUUUUCGUAUUUCUUUGUAUAAUUAAAAUUAAGCCAGAUAUUGAACCAAAUCAAGAGAGCCAUAACCAUGGCGACAUCAUAACAAUUCCUCAACCUGCAUUAUGAUUGUUCUUAUUUUUGAAAAUGCUGUGUUACUUGAAAAUGCAUGAAUAAAAUCGUUGAAUAUAAUGUCCAGGCACGUUGUAACAUUGACCAAAUGGAUUCCUUUGGAUAUUUGCGAUAAAAAUGAGCUUUUCAUCGGAUGCAAAGAACUGAAAAGAGACGCAUCCAAUUUGCUUUAUAGAAUAAGCAAUUUCUCGCAAAAUAUUCAAUCCAAGAGCCAUUCGAAAAUGCUACAACAUUUGAUUGAACACGAUUUAGAUUUUCAAGAGUUGGAAGAUAUUUGUGAUACGAUGGAUGUGAUCCAGGGAAAAUACAGUAAUAUUUUCCCUCAACUGAAUCGUGGCAGAGAUAGUUUUAUUGAGGAGAAAAUGCAUAUUUGGAAAGAUAUAUUGUGGAAAUUGAAGCUGAAGAUUUGUUAUAACAUACAGCAAGUUGUCGUAGAUACUGGACACCUUUUCGUUUACUUUGGCAACAAGAUUCUGGAACUAGUUAUGAGACUCUGUAAAAUUUACAACACUCUUUUAACGAUGAAUCAGAAAUAUUCCAUGAGGAACGACAUCAGUAUCUGCGGAAAUACCUGUCCAAAAUUACUGUUUCCGUUGAAAAAAAUGUCGGUUACAAGAUUGCUGCAGAUUUUGGCCAUAAACAGGGCGGAAGUAUGUUGUCACAAAUUGAUUGAUUGCCUCUUGGAGACUUACAAAAAUUUCGAAGGUUCCCUUGAGGAAGACGACGGUAGCGAUAAUUCCAGUAUUGAAAUUUACAGGGCUUUGACCAAGCAUAUGUCGCUUCCUGAAGACGAUAACAACGAUAAUAAGCAUGAGAAGUUGGUGAAUAGAUGGAGCGACGAGACAUUUCUGAAUAUGGAAAAAUUAUUAUCGUACGAAGAAAAAAACGUAGAAGAUUUACUGGAAACUGCUGCUUGCAUUGUACCGUCGAUGCUGGGGUCAGAAGGAAUCCGAAAAUCGAAAAAUACAGGGACAUCCAAAAUUAAUAAGAAGGCGAAAGCCAAGGUACUGGAGUAUUACGAGGAAAUUUUAUGGGGCGAGGUGGCCAAUUACCUGGAGCACAUUGUUUUGUGGUGGGCGCCAAGCCCACUGGCUCUGAGAGUUCCACAUUCUAGCCAGCACCUGAGGGAGUGGAUCUUGCAGUUCAUUCCUACUGCCGAUAUUCCCCCAGUCAUAUCUUCCGCCCUCACCAGUCUGGCCGACGCUUUAGGUGUUCACGUGACUUCUACAUCCUGGGAUCAAAAUUUCCGAUUGGGUUUAGUGGCUUCCGCUGGAAAGGAUAAUCUGGAGACGGGAGUAUUGAUGAAGGAUACCUUGGAAGAUCUGGUGGAUUUAUGCAAUCAAUGUGAAGCUACCCCAGACUGGAUAGUCGGAGCUCCACUCGAAGAAAUUCCGAUUGUCGAACAAAUUCCUGUGCUUCACAGGUUAGAUCACACAGUGCAUACCAUAAGAUUAUGGGCUAUAAAUGAGAGCAAAAAAUACGCUCACAGCUGGAAUGUCGCCGCAUUCUUCAAGAUAGUCUGUAAAGAUAUAGCUCUAUGGCUUUCUCAUCUGGAUAUACUCAGACUUCAAGAUCACACGUUGACCAUAGAAAAAGGGGGUCUUGGGGAACAUGUACGAGUUUGCUCUCUUAUGAGGGCCAAAUUGGUUUCUGAAGUGAGAGAGAAUAUUCGGAAAUUGAGGAAUACGACUGCAGAAUGCAUCGAAAACCUCGCUUCUAUAUGUCGUAUAAUCUGUUUGGCCAUCUUGAAAAUGAUAUUUCCUCCACCAUCUUACUGGAGAAAUGAGAAAACUCUACCUCCUGUAACAAGCAGAUAUGUCGAUAAAUAUCUCAACCAGAUAAUGCUUCCUGUUUUGGUAGCAUCGGACGAUCACUUGGUCACAAAUAUGAUAUUGAAACUGGUAUGCGAAUCAUGGCUGGAUCAUAUCUACAUGACCAAAAUAAUAUUCUCUCAUGGUGGCGCAAUCCAGCUCCUUCAAGAUUUCGCCCACGUGAAAAUUUGGAUUGAUGGUUGCGCCAUCAUCGACAACAAAAUGAAGAAGAGGAUGGUGAAGAACGAGAUUCUCCGGAGGUGCGAGGGUGUUGGUAAAUUGUUGCUCAGAAGACCAGGAGAACACAUAAAAAUGAAUGAUAAGAAACAUGAAAAACAGGACCGGAAUCCACCUGAAAGCUCGGAUUCUGAAAAAAAUGUGAUGAUGCCACCAGAAAUGUAUGUACCAAAUCAAGAACAAUGGUUAGAACUAAGAGCAAUGAAGAAAAAAAUAUUUUUACCAAAAUUAUGUUGCGAAUGAAUAUAAGUACGGAAAGCUCACUACUGUAUCUCCAUAAU